AUGUUCAAAACUCCCCACACUCCCCUAGAGGCACCGGGUAGAGCCUAGCCGAACGGCAAUCCUGUCUGUAGUCUUGGAGUAGGGGCUGAUAGGCAUGCUACACAAAAAGAGAAGCUGGCCACGCUCAGACAGCUAUAAAAAGGGCCACCCUUCCCGGCCCCCAGGCUGUUGCCCGAUGUAACCUUUUUUUCUUUUCUACACCAAGGCUUUUCAACAAUGUCGCUGCCCGCCAACCCCACUUUCGACAACCUGACGCCCGAGAUGGUGGCCAAGACCAUCGACCACGCGCUGCUCAAGCCCGAGAUGACUGUCGACGAGGUGCUCGCCGGCUGCCAGCUCUGCGCCAAAUACAACACUGCCAGCGUCUGCGUCAAGCCCUGCGACGUCAAGCUGGCCGCCGAUGCCCUGCGCGGCACCACCGUGGACGUGGGCACGGUGAUCGGCUUCCCGCACGGCAACACGCCCUCCUCUGUGAAGACUUUCGAGGCCCUGCAGGCGAUCGAGGACGGCGCUGUCGAGCUCGACAUGGUGCUCAACAUUGGCCAUCUCAAGUCCGGCCGCCACGACGAGAUCCGUGACGAGAUCCGCAGCCUGACCAGCGCGGCCAAGGCCAAGAUGCCCGAGGUUGUGAUCAAGGUCAUCUUCGAGUGCUCGCUGCUCACCGAUGAGGAGAAGGUUGUUGCAUGCAAGCUGACGGAGGAGGCUGGUGCCGAUUACGUCAAGACGUCCACGGGAUUCAGCACUGGCGGUGCGACCAUCCCGGAUCUGAAGCUGAUGCGGGCGAACACGACCAAGGGCAAGACGUUCGUCAAGGCGUCGGGUGGCGUGCGCACGCUGGAUUACCUGAUCGAGUGCUUGCAGGCUGGUGCUGACCGGAUUGGUGCCUCGGCUACUGACCAGAUCAUCGACGAUAUGCGGGCACGCAAGGCUGCCGCGCAGCAGUAGCCACGCUUCUAAUGUUUGCCAUCUAAUAAGACCACUCUCUCUUGCACAGGAUGCUAGACGCCCCCCUGCAGACGGCGUGAACCCCCUGCAGACGGCGUGGACCCCCUACACAGUU